AUGGAAAAUCCGAGGACGGAGAAAGCUGCUGAUGCAGUGGGGGGUUCGCUCGGUGGCCAGCUCGGCGCCCUCCAAUCACACUUGCUCAGAAACCCUGAUGAUAGUGUUCACGAAGGUGCUGGGUCAAAUGCUGACUGCACCGGUGAUGCAGACGAUGUUGCACAAUCCGGACAUGCUGAGGAGCUUGGCAAUGCAUAG